CAAAAGAACAGCAAGAUUAAGAUUGAGGUACGAUGUCAGUGGGGGUGUCCUUUUUGGCUUUAUGCUUCAAGAAUCAACAAGGAGGAUCCCACCAUGUACAUUAAGACUCUGAGGCAAGCUCAUAAGUGUCAUGUAAUUCAAAAAAGCCAUCAUCUAAACUGUAACAGGGUUGCUAGAGAAGUUCAAGAAAAUCUCAUGGUUGAUACCGAAUGGUCAAGGAUCGGUAUUCAAAACAGAAUUCAGAAGAAGUACAAGCUAGAUGUCUCUGUGAAAACUAUAUAUAGAGGGAAACUGGCAGCCAAAAGAAUGAAUGAAGGCCACUACUUGCAGCAAUACAAUAAGCUUGCAUUGUACAGGAAAGAAUUGCUAAGGAGCAAUCCAGGGUCAACUGUUGAAAUCAAGACACAAAUGGAUGGUGAGGUUAGAAGAUUUCAUAGAAUGUACAUAUGCCUAGCUGCUUGCAAGGAGGGAUGGAUCAAGGGUUGUAGGCCUCUAAUAGGGUUGGAUGGCUGUCAUAUCAAAGGCCAACAUCCAGGGCAGAUACUUUGUGCAGUGGGCAUAGAUGCAAAUAAUGGAAUUUUUCCGAUUGCUUAUUCAGUGGUUGAGGUUGAAAACACUGAAACUUGGAAAUGGUUCUUGGAAUAUCUCAUAUGGGAUUUGAAGAUGGAAAAUCCCAUGUCAUAUACUUUUAUCACGGAUAAACAAAAGCGCCUAGGGAUUGCUAUAGCUGAUUUGAUGCCGGGAGCAGAGCAUAGACAUUGCGUUAGACAUUUGUACAAUAAUUUCAAGUGCAAGCAUCCUGGUGAAGGACUCAAGCAGACUUUAUGGAAUGCAGCAAGGUCCACCACACAUAUAUGGUUCAAUAGAAACAUGGAAGCAAUGGAGAAGCAAUCAGAUGGGGCUAGGAAAUGGUUUGAAGAUAAGCCACCAGAACAGUGGAGUAGGUCACAUUUUAGAACCACUUCUAAAUGUGAUAUCCUCCUAAACAAUUUGUGUGAAUCGUGGAAUGCUUCUCUAGUUAGGCAUAGGGAUAAACCGAUUUUGACCAUGAUGGAAGGGAUGAGGAUGGAUUCCAUGACAAGAAUGGCUAACAGAAGGGUUGCAGGCACAAGAUGGACCAAUAUGGUUGGCCCUCGAAUUGCAAAAAUUAUUGAGAAGAUUGGCAAAAGAACUCAUGAAUAUAGAGCACACAUGUCUGGGGAGUUUUUGUACCAAGUGACUGGAGGCAUGUAUGGGAACAAGCAUGCUGUUGACUUAGGCAUGCACACAUGCACAUGCAGGAGGUGGCAAUUAAGUGGAAUUCCUUGUGUCCAUGCAACAUGUGCUAUAUUUGCAAAGAAACUAGAACCUAGCCUGUUUGUGGACAAUUAUUUGUUACCCUCUACUUAUCUUGAUGCAUAUAAUCCUAUCAUCUACCCUAUUGCUGGAAAUGAUGAUUGGGAGCCGGUGGACUACCCAAUUGCUCCUCCACCAUACAAGAAACAAGCAGGGAGGCCUAAAAUGAAGAGAAUCAAAGAACCUGGAGAGGGAAAAGCACCACCUGCCCCUGAUGCAAGCAAGAUGUCUAGAAACCUUUAUGGAACAAAGAUGACCUGUAUGAUAUGUAAGCAGAAGGGACACAACAAGAGAGGUUGCCCAACCACUAAGAAUCAAUCUGGUGAAGGAAGCUCUAAGGGCAACAAAGCACCAAAGAAGCAGCAGGCAAAGAGAACAACUGCUCCAAAAGGACCUAGGAAUGUCCUAAAACAAAUGAUCACAUCAAGGAGGGCAUGGAAGAAGAGGAAAGAAGUUGGGGAAACCAAGUCAACUAGGAUUGCUCAAGCUUCAUCUUCACAAAGAGAGCAUCGAGCAACAGAGAUUGCCUCUUGUACAUCAUCACAGAAUGUGCAGCAGCCAAGUUCACAAUUUAUGGAGCAUAGUCAAACUUCCUCAGAAUGGGCAAGCGUUUGAAGAUGAUGAAAUUUAUGUGAAUUGAUGUUUUAAUGUUGGCUGACAUUAAGCAAACAUUUUAUGCUUAAUUUUUGGUUUUGUUGUCAGCAUAUUGAAAUGUAUUUUGUUAUGUUUAUUGUGGCAGACAAUUAUGCCUUGCUUAAUUAUGUUUGGAUAUUAUUUGGUAUUUAGUACUUAUUAAACUAUGUUAUGCUUUUGGGAUAUGGAACUACGAUAUAGUAUUUU